CUUUUUUCCUCACAUCACAUGGCCUUUUUGUCUUUUAUUAUCAUCAUCACUACUUCCUUUGCUGGUUGUUUGGUUGGUGAGUCCCCACAGUGACCAUCUAAAGCUCUAAACUACUAAAAACUUAUCUCUCUUUCUUCUCCCUCACUCUCACUCACCUCAAAAAGUCACAAAAAAACACCUUCCAUUUUACACUAAAAAUACCUCAUUUUUCUCUUUCAUUUUAUAAACUCAUUCAUAUUCACACAUUCACAUUCAUUAACUAGGAUUUGACUUUCAAUGUCUCUCUCAGUCAUUGUCACUAGAUUUUGCUAGGAGUGAUGAUUUUCUUGAAGAUUAUUUGCAUCUACACCAAGAAGUUUUCUUGUUUUGUGAAGUUGUUUGUGUUUUUCAGUUCAAGUAAAUUGGUGACAGCUGUUGAAAUUCACAAAUAAAGACAGUUUUUUUAAGGUAAUAAUUGUCUUUGUUUGCUUUGUCUUUUGGUGAAUACUUAAAUGAAAUCCAAAAGGGUCAUGGAUCUACCACUUAGAAUCUCUUAAUUUUAUCUACAACUUUGAUUUUCAGCUUCUUUAGGUUUUAGUACUAUUGUUCUACAAAUUGUUGCUUCUUUAUUGCUUGUAGAGGGAGAGAUGCAUAGAAGAAGAUUGUGAAGUAUUUGAGUGAAUUUUUACCAAUUUGGCCUUUGCCUUUUUUACAAGGACUCUUGAGAGAAAAGAUUAGCAUUUUGCAACGGUUGAAAUCUUCAAAGCUACUUUAGUACUAUUAAUGCCCCAAGUGAAUAUUUUUCUUUAACAAAGCAAAACGUGCCUCCAAGUUUCAAUUUUUAGAGACCCCUUUUGAAGAAAUUUAUUGCAUUUCCUUCGGUUACAAUUUGGUAUGCUUUAAUAUUGCAUUGGAGUUAUAUUUUUGAGUAUACCAACCAAAUAGACAAAAGGGUAUUCAUGAAGUUUCCUUUUCCAAGCACAAUGGUGUUUGUUUUGGUUCUUCUUAUUCUUAUGUGCUUUGAAUCACUUCCUCAUGUUAUGGCUCAAUCAAAUAAGGAAGCAAAGGCUUUAGAUGUAAUUCUCCAACAAUAUGCUUACAAGGCUUUGGUGAAUCCAAAAACAGGUACAAUUUACAAUGCAACUAAACUUCCUUCAAAUUUAACUGGAAUUGAAGUUGCAGCACUAAGAUUAAGGAGUGGAAGUUUAAGGAGAAAAGGGUUUCAUACAUACAACGAGUUCGAUAUUCCAAAUGGUGUCAUUGUACAUCCUUAUGUUGAAAGAUUGGUUUUUGUGUAUCAAAAUCUAGGUAAUAAGUUGUCAAAUAAGUAUUACCCUUUGCCUAAUUACACUUACUUGGCACCGGUUUUGGGACUAUUGGCUUAUGAUGCUUCGAAUUUGUCGGCUACAAAUUUAUCAGAACUAGGUAUAAAUGCUUCUGGUGAUAACAUUUUGGUCAAGUUUCAAGAUGUUAAGUCACCUCCUCAAGGCCUUGUUGCAAAAUGUGUUUGGUUUGAUUUGCAAGGUUCUUCCAAUUUCAGCAAUGUAAAAGGCGGUAACACAUGUUCUACGCCUCAACAAGGCCAUUUCUCUAUAGUGGUUAAGUCCACUAACAUCAGUCCUUUAGUACCAAUUCCAAAAGUAAAACGCGAGAAGAGUAGUAAUAAAAAGGUGUGGAUUAUUGUUGGUUCUGUUGUAGGAGGACUAGUAUUGUUGGUGUUGUUCAUGUUUCUAGUUUUGUGUAUAAGCAAAUACAAACACAAGAAGAAAAUGCAAGGUAUGGAAAAAGCUGCAGAUUCAGGAGAAACUCUUCAAAUGGCUUCUAUCGGCGAUACAAAAGCACCUGCUGCAACAGUUACAAGAACACAACCAACACUUGAACAUGAAUAUGCACCUUGACACUUUUGCACAAUCUUUAGUCGAUGUUCCAUUCAUAUUCAAGUUAAUUUAUUGUAAUCAGAAAUUCUUCUAAUCACACCUUUUUUCUUUUGUGUACAUCAAUUAUCUUUUUGUUUUGUUUCAUGAUUCAUUGUGUGUUAAUUUAGGAGUAAAAAGUGUUAAUUACUAUGACAUGAAUUUUGGUCAUGUUUCAUUGAGUGUGAAUAAAAACUUUAGUAUCUA